AUGUUUUCCCAGAUCGUUCUUUUCUUCUGCGUGUUCCUUUCUCUGAGUAGUGCUACGACUACAGGAACCAUUAAGGGAAGGUUAGAUUUAGCAGCAAAUAAUAUUACGGGCUUUGUCUUAGCUAGAACAAGUUUCAGACUAUACCAGAUUGGCAAUUUUUCCACUGAAUAUCCUUAUGCAGCUACCACGACGCUUCAAGAUGAUAAAGGUCAUUUUGAAUUUGCAAACCUUCCUUUAAAUGACGGUGUUAAUGCAACCACAUACUAUGUGAUGUAUCCAACAUCUAUGGAUUUUAAUUUGAAGCCAAACAGAAUCCUUGUUGAGUUUCAGAACCUCGAGAACGGCACGUUACAUUUGAAUGCGUUCAAAAACUUUUUUGGAAGGGAAAAUUUCCCAUCAAAGGAUAUAAUAUACCCUGAAGAGUUACAAUCCAUGAGUGUGGACCCUUACAUUGAAGUGGAACUUCUACACAAGGCCCCAAUAAGGUCUUAUUUACAAACUAGAAAUGUUAGUAUAUUUUCCACAGGGAUUGUUGGUAAUAUUUUGAACUCACGUUGGAAAUUGGCAGGUGUCAUUACAUUAAUCGCCCUUGUCAUUUUCCCAAUAAUAGUGGAAAAAUUGGAUCCAGAGACUGCACGGGCCAUUAAAGAGGAGGCAAAAAGGAAACAAAGGGAAAAGUACGGAGCUGUCACUUCGAAGUAG